CGAGAUGUGAUUUGUGACGUCGGGAUUAGAGUCGAGCUGGAGGCAAGGAGCUGGAUAGAGGCAAGGAGCUGGAUAGAGGCAUUGCGGGACGUUUAAGAAGCGAUUCAAAACCGCGGGCUGAAUUAAGAAAAUCGGAACUGUCCCGCGAAAAGUGGCACUGUUAGGCGGUAUGGUGGGUGAAGACCGCAGGGACACUUUAUAAAGCGGAUAUUUAUAAUUUCUGCAGUUCGUGAUAAAGCAUUACAUUUCCAAUGAGAUGUAUCAGCGAGGAGGAGACAGAGGAUGGCAUCGAGGUCAUGACAACAGUUAUCACCAUGCACGGGAUGUUUACCCAUCUCCUGCGCUGAGGAGUCCAUGUUCAAGGCCAUACAGAGGAAGUCACCCCAGACAUAGGUGGGUCACAUUCAUGUUUAGCACAAAUAAGCCAAAAUUCUGGGAAUACCAGAUUCAUUUUUGUUUUUGCAGGGAACAUGGGAAUUAUGGCUCUGAAGGAUACCAUGAUUAUCAUGAUAAUUCAUUUCAUGAAAGAAACUAUGGAGAUGGCCAGUAUAUGGAGUAUGAAGAACCUCCAUAUCCCAGUGAAGACCAGUCCUAUCAGGAGUAUAGGGACUCUGGAUACAGUAGGGGUGGACAUCAUGAUGGUGGGUACAAUAAGGGGUCAUACUACAGAGGUGGCUACAGGGGUGGAGACCGAGGCCACUAUCGCGGCAAACACCCAGACACGUACCAGAAAAAGUACAGCGCCAAAUAUGCCAAAGUUUACAGCAAAGAGCAUGGGAAAUCAAAACCUUCCACUACCAAACCUGUACCAAAAGCGGUCCAGAAUCGAAAUAUUGUGGUGCUAGUAUCUGGGCAGGAUGAAGGUGAAAGCAAUGUUCCAUCAAAAACAAAAACUGGUGCAGAAGAGACGCUAAAACCUAAUGAGGAUACCAAAACCGAUGGCAAAUUGAAAGACUGUGUAGUCCCAGCAACUGAAGUGAAUCAAGAGUGCCCAGAGGAAAUAGCAAUUGCACCUGCUGCUGAAAUCAAAACAGAGAUAACUGAAGAACUCAAAGAGGAGAACUUUCCUGAAGCUGAAAUUCAAAAGGAAGAAGCACUGACUAGAACUGUGAAGAAAGAGGACUCUGAUGAUGGAGAACAGAGCUUUAACAACAAAAAAAGGGAGGGAGAGACCAGCACGGGAAAGAGAUUGUGUAGUGAAAGAAUUCCCGAAAUGUGCCACAAUGAAGGGGAGAUGCAGAUUCCUUUGCUGGACGCCUGGAAUGAUGUCUCCCCACCCUCACCAGUAACUCCUAGUGUUAGUGAUCAAGGUGGAGCAGGCUCUGAAACAGGACGGGAGCAGUCUGAAACUGCUCUGGCGCUACGCACAGCCUUUAUCUUAACCAAAAAGGAAGAGCUUGAGAUGGCAUAUGCUCAAGACUGCAGAACGUUUGCUUUUGUGGCAGACACACUGCUGAAAAAAAAUCCAUCCAUUGAGGCUGCUGUAGCCAGUGCUCUUCGUUCUAGUCUGUAUGACCUAGCUGGUCGUUGUGUGCAUGAAUUGACCAGCUAUAUAGACAGCUAUGAUAGAGAAAGCAAUGUCAUUUUCAAUACUGAAAAAAAAGAACAGGACCCUGAAGGCUGAUGGAUGCCUGUUUGCAAUUUUCUAUCUGGAAAGAACUUAAAGAUUUUUUUACAUCAUUUGGGAUGCAGACUCUGAUAUUUCUUGUAUAUAUUUGUUUUUUUUUUGUUUAAAAAAGAAAAUCUGACCUCCAAGUCAUUCCACACAACCAAGUGCCUUUUUAAUCAUAUUUUUCUUUUCUCUUCAUCCACUGCAUCAGGUGCCAAAAAGCUGUCUUGGAUCAGCCAGCAAAAUAAAAAAAAAAGUGGCUUUCAUAAUA